AUGACUGUCCCCACCGUUAAGCUGAACAGCGGCUUUGAAAUGCCCCUCGUGGGCUUCGGUCUGUGGAAGGUGAACAAUGACACCUGCGCAGACCAGGUUUACAACGCCAUUAAGGCCGGUUACCGUCUGUUCGAUGGCGCCUGUGACUACGGCAACGAGGUCGAGUGCGGUCAGGGUAUCACCCGCGCCAUCAAGGACGGUCUCGUCAAGCGUGAGGACCUUUUCAUCGUCUCCAAGCUCUGGAACAGCUUCCACGACGGCGAGCAAGUCGAGCCUAUCUGCCGCAAGCAGCUCGCCGACUGGAACGUCGACUACUUUGACCUGUACAUCGUGCACUUCCCCAUCGCCCUGAAAUACCUCGACCCCUCAGUCCGCUACCCUCCCAGCUGGACCACUGCCGACGGCAAGGUCGAGCUCGGCAAAGCCUCCAUCCAGGAGACCUGGACCGCCAUGGAGUCCCUGACCGAUAAGAAGCUUGCCCGCAGCAUCGGUGUUAGCAACUUCAGCGCCCAGCUGCUUAUGGAUCUGCUCCGCUAUGCCCGUGUUCGUCCUGCUACCUUGCAGAUCGAGCACCACCCCUACCUUACCCAGACCCGCUUGGUGGACUACGCACAGAAGCAGGGUCUUGCUGUUACUGCUUACUCUUCUUUCGGUCCCCUCAGCUUCUUGGAGUUAGACUUGAAGGAUGCCCACGGUACCACUCCUCUGUUUGAGCAUGAUGUUAUUAAGGGUAUUGCCGAGAAGCACGGACGUACCCCUGCGCAGGUUCUGCUGCGCUGGGCUACUCAGCGCAAGAUUGCUGUUAUCCCCAAGAGCAACAGCCCAACUCGUUUGGCUCAGAACUUGCAGGUCAAUGACUUUGACUUGGAGGCUGGUGAGAUUGAGUCUAUCUCUGCUUUGGACAAGGGUCUGCGCUUCAACGACCCUGUUGCUUACGGCCUUGACAUCCCUAUCUUCUAA